CACUCACUGUGGAUUUCAGUGUUGUAGCCUUCUACAGUAAGUACAAGAUCCUUUGUGAAAAUCUGAAGGGGGGGGAAAAUAGCUACAAAUCCAUCCGUGGAUAUUCCUCUGACUAGAGCAUCUGCACUAUUGUUACACUGACUUUGCAGGAGAAAAAAAAUAAAAUUAUGAUCACAAGUACUGCUAUUCAGAGGAGCUGCACUAACCAGAAUCUCCUAAAAAGAAGCCUAGAAAGUAUAGGGGAGUGUCCUGCAAAACGAAAAGCUUGCUGGGGUAUUCUGACCAGCCAAGGUUCUUGGGCAGAUCGUUCACCACUGCAUGAGGCAGCUAGUCAAGGACGUCUCCUUUCUCUAAAAACUUUACUGUCACAGGGUUACAAUGUGGAUACUCUGACAAUUGACCAAGUCACUCCACUGCAUGAAGCCUGCCUGGGAGAUCAUGUAGGGUGUGCAAGAAUCCUUCUUGAAGCAGGGGCAAAUGUAAAUGCUACAACAAUUGAUGGAGUGACCCCGUUAUUUAAUGCAUGUUCAAGAGGUAGUGCGUCUUGUGCAGAGCUUUUGCUGGAGUAUGGUGCCAAAGCACAGUGGGAAUCAUGUCUCCCUUCACCGACUCAUGAAGCAGCCAGUAGAGGUCACAGUGAAUGUCUGGAAGUGCUGAUCUCUUGGGGCAUAGAUGUUGACAAAGACAUUCCUCAUCUGGGAACAUCUCUAUAUGUAGCUUGUGUUUCACAGCAGAUCCAUUGCAUUCGAAAACUCCUUUAUGCAGGAGCUAAUGUACAGAAAGGAAAGUAUUUGGACACUCCACUACAUGCAGCAGCUCAGCAACCCAGUACAGAGAUAGUAAAUUUGCUUCUUGAAUUUGGGGCAGACAUUAAUGCCAAGAAUACAGAUUUUGAACGGCCCGUAGAUUUGGCUGCCCCAAGCAGUUUGGUGGAGAGAACGUUGCUUCUGCAUGAAGCUACUCCAUGCUCUCUUUGCCAACUCUGCCGACUAUGUAUCCGAAAUUGCAUAGGAAGAGCAACUACGUCUUAUCCCCCAACUUCAGUUGCCAACAAUAUUGAAGGAUUUUUUACAGUAUAGAUAAAAUAGUGGCUAACCUUCAGAAACUUGAACAAGUACCGUUUUGUCUGUAUACCGAAUGUUCCACAGGAAGAACUUCUGGGAAAUAGUCUUUUACAUAUUACCAUACUAAGUCUUUGACACCAGGAGUCAUGAUGUAACAAUAUUUGGGAGCCCUUGAAUGACUCGGUGCCAACAUGCUAAUACAACUGAGUAAAAUGAAGUGUGCUAAUACUCUGAGAAAUGAUUGUAUAGCUAGCUUUAGCUUAACACUUACUAAUUAGCUAUUUUGCUGAUAAAGUUAAUUAAUUGUAUUUGUAUGUUAUAAUCUGUUUGAUACAUCUGAAACCCCACAGAGUUCCUUUACAAGUAUUGUUGAGUUUAUCAAUUUGGAUUUAUUAUUGUAUAUUUGUAAAUGUCUGUUAUUUGUGCCUAGAAAUACAUGGCAAUAGAUACACUCUAUAAAUUGGAAAAAUAAAUAGGUCUCUCAAUUUUUCUUUCUUGCUAAUACCUUGAACCCUUACUCAUGUAAAGGGCACCCUAAACCAGCACUGUGCCCUGCCUCUUGCAGGAGAUGGUGAGCAAUCUGACUUUUCUACAUGUACCAUUUCCAGUAUGCCAUAAGGGCCAUCUAUUCUGGACAGCGGGCAAACUCAUCUCCUUCAUAAUCACCAGUCACUUGUUUCAGUCAGUGUUUCAGUCACUGGCUUCAUCAUGGCAUUGAACUUCUAAGAAGCUGGUUUGAUGCCUAUGGUCCUCUGUGAGGACCCAGUGGCUAGUAUGCCCAAGGUUGCGGUGACCUUGAUAAUAAAACUUCUGUAUGUCAUCUUCACUAAUCACAAAAGUGUAUAAUGGUUUGUGGUUGAGCCUGCAUUUCAGUCAGGUAAUUGUAAGUUUUCCUGGGCUCAGAGGGUACAUGGAUGGUAUUGGCAACUUUGGGGCAAGCUUGGCUCUCCUCCUCCUCAAGAUAUACUAUCCUAGCAUGGUCAGAUGUUGUGUUCCCUCAUUUGUCUCAAGGUAUACCAUCUCCCUUAUCUCCCCACUCUUCCUGCUAGUCUCCUAUUUCCUCUGUCCCAACCCUUCUCCCCAAGGCCCUUAUAACAACUGUUGCUUGGUCGCUAUCUUGCGGGCUUGCUCUCUAAUAGAAUCACUCUCACUCAUACUCUCCUGCAUGUUUGGGUUUUUUUUAAAUCAGAAUGGACUGAUGAUCCCAGGUUUGCAGAACAAAGGAAUGGCUAGACUACUGAAUGGUAAAAACUGCACCUGCUAACUUAGUCAAGCCUGUGGCUUUUGAAAAUCUUGACUGAGCAGCUGGCUCCUUAACUGUG